GCUUGUGCUAUAAGCAAUUAUAGCUUGUUGUGCUGUAUAUAAAUCAAUAUCUAACCGAGAAGUAGAAGAAGAAUCUGCUAAAACACACACUCAGAUUUCUGCCCCUGAAAGUCAGAGAUCCCACAAACUGGUAGUUCCAGCCUCACAGUUUUGGUUGGAACAUUGAAGGCAGUGAUCCAACAUGAGUGUGGAAGAAGAUGGAGUGAAUAAUAAGCAUGAUGAGACAACGAAUCCUGCAGAGACUAGCACAAAUGGGGAGAAGGAAGGAAAGAGCAAACAGAAAGAAAAACAGGAGACAGUUCCAUUUCACAGAUUGUUCUCAUUUGCAGACUCCACCGACAUUCUGUUGAUGUGUAUUGGAACCAUUGGUGCUGUUGGAAAUGGAAUGGGUUUGCCUCUCAUGACAUUGCUCUUUGGUCAAAUGAUUGAUAGCUUUGGAAGUAACCAGAGAAACCCUGAUGUAGUGGAACAAGUGUCCAAGGUCUCUUUGAAAUUUGUAUACUUGGCAAUAGGAUGUGGGGUUGCAGCUUUCCUUCAGGUGUCAUGUUGGAUGGUCACAGGGGAAAGACAAGCUGCAAGAAUAAGGGGAUUGUAUUUGAAAACUAUACUGAGACAAGAUGUGGCUUUCUUUGAUAAGGAAACAAACACAGGAGAGGUGAUAGGGAGAAUGUCAGGGGACACGGUUCUCAUACAAGAUGCCAUGGGUGAGAAGGUUGGGAAAUUUCUGCAGCUAAUAGCAACAUUCAUUGGGGGAUUUAUCAUUGCCUUCAUCAAAGGGUGGCUUCUUACUGUUGUCAUGUUGUCCACUCUUCCACUUCUUGUUGUGUCAGGUGCUGCCAUGGCUGUCAUCAUAGGCAGGAUGGCUUCUCGAGGUCAAACUGCUUAUGCGAAAGCAGGACAUGUAGUUGAACAGACAAUUGGCUCAAUAAGAACGGUUGCAUCCUUUACUGGGGAAAAGCAAGCAGUAACUGAUUAUAGCAAAUUUCUCGUAGAUGCUUACAAAUCAGGAGUUCAUGAAGGCUCCACAGCUGGAAUAGGCCUAGGAACAGUUAUGUUUGUAAUUUUUGGUGGUUAUGCUUUGGCUGUGUGGUUUGGUGCAAAGAUGAUAAUGGAAAAAGGAUAUAAUGGCGGCACAGUGAUUAAUGUGAUUAUUGCAGUUUUAACUUCCUCCAUGUCUCUUGGACAGGCAUCUCCUAGCUUGAGUGCUUUUGCUGCAGGCCAGGCUGCAGCUUACAAAAUGUUUGAAACAAUUAAAAGGAAGCCAGAGAUAGAUGCAUCCGAUCCUAGUGGAAAAAUAUUAGAGGACAUUAGAGGUGAAGUAGAGUUAAGGGAUGUUUAUUUCAGUUAUCCAGCCAGACCGGAGGAGCUGAUAUUCAAUGAAUUCUCUCUUCAUAUAUCUAGCGGUACAACUGCAGCAUUAGUUGGACAAAGUGGAAGUGGCAAGUCCACAGUCAUCAGUUUGAUAGAAAGAUUUUAUGAUCCACAUGCAGGUGCAGUUCUUAUUGAUGGUAUUAACCUGAAAGAAUUUCAGCUUAGGUGGAUCAGAGGAAAAAUUGGCCUUGUUAGUCAGGAGCCUGUGUUGUUUGCAUCUAGCAUUAAGGAAAAUAUUGCAUAUGGAAAGGAUGGAGCAACGGUUGAAGAGAUAAGACAUGCAUCUGAACUUGCAAAUGCUGCUAAGUUCAUUGAUAAAUUGCCUCAGGGAUUGGACACAAUGGUUGGUGAGCAUGGAACUCAGUUAUCUGGUGGACAAAAGCAGCGCAUUGCGAUUGCAAGAGCAAUCCUAAAAGAUCCAAGAAUUCUACUUCUAGAUGAAGCAACAAGCGCACUUGAUUCGGAGUCUGAAAGGGUAGUGCAAGAGGCUCUAGACAGGAUCAUGGGAAACAGAACUACAAUUAUUGUGGCACAUCGCUUGAGCACUGUGAGGAAUGCUGAUAUGAUUGCUGUAAUUCACAGAGGGAAGAUGGUCGAAAAAGGGACACACUCAGAAUUACUCAAGGAUCCCGAGGGAGCUUACUCUCAAUUAAUACGAUUACAGGAAGUAAACAAGGUAUCAGAAGAAACUGCAGACCAUCACAACAAGAAUGAACUUUCUGUAGAAUCAUUUAGACAAUCUAGUCAAAGGAGAUCACUUCAAAAAUCCAUUAGCCGAGGAUCAUCUUUAGGGAACAGUAGCCACCAUUCAUUUUCAGUUUCUUUUGGUCUACCUACAGUGGUUAAUGCCUCUGAUCCUGAACAAGAAAACUUACAACCCAAGGAAAAAGCACCAGAGGUUCCACUACGUCGCCUUGCUUCCCUCAACAAGCCAGAGAUUCUUGUUCUUUUCCUAGGAUGUUUAGCUGCAGUAGGAAAUGGUGUUAUAUUUCCAAUAUUUGGCGUAUUGAUUUCCAGUGUCAUCAAAACAUUCUAUGAACCAUUCGAUGAGAUGAAGAAGGAUUCCAAGUUUUGGGCAAUAAUGUUUAUGAUCCUUGGUAUAGCAUCAUUGCUAGUGAUUCCAGCACGAUCUUACUUUUUCUCUGUGGCUGGAUGCAAGUUAAUCCAACGUAUCAGGUUAAUAUGUUUUGAGAAGGUGGUUAACAUGGAGGUCAGUUGGUUUGAUGAGCCUGAGAACUCGAGCGGUGCUGUUGGUGCAAGGCUCUCAGCAGAUGCUGCUUCUGUUCGUGCCCUUGUUGGUGAUGCUCUAGGACUAUUAGUUCAAAAUAUAGCAACUUUAUUGGCAGGUUUGAUUAUUGCAUUCGUUGCAAGCUGGGAGCUAGCAUUUAUUAUUCUUGUCUUGAUCCCCUUGAUUGGAGUAAAUGGCUAUGUUCAAAUGAAAUUCAUGAAGGGAUUCAGCGCAGAUGCAAAGAUGAUGUAUGAGGAAGCAAGCCAAGUUGCUAAUGAUGCAGUUGGGAGCAUAAGAACUGUAGCGUCUUUCUGUGCUGAGGAUAAGGUUAUGGAACUAUACAGGAAGAAAUGUGAGGGACCUAUGAAAACUGGGAUAAGGCAGGGUGUGAUAAGUGGAUCAGGAUUCGGGGUUUCAUUUUUCUUACUAUUUUGUGUCUACGCAACCAGUUUCUAUGCAGGAGCUAGACUUGUGGAUGCUGAGAAGGCAACAUUCUCAGAUGUUUUUCGGGUUUUCUUUGCUUUAACCAUGGCAGCUAUUGGCAUUUCUCAAUCAAGCUCCUUUGCUCCGGACUCAAGCAAAGCCAAGUCAGCUACCGCUUCUAUUUUUGGAAUGAUUGACAAGAAGUCAGAGAUUGAUCCAAGUGAUGAGUCUGGUACCACCCUUGACAAUGUUAAAGGGGAAAUUGAGCUUCGUCAUGUGAGCUUCAAGUAUCCAUCUAGGCCGGAUAUACAAAUUCUCCGAGACCUCAACUUGGCUAUCCAUUCUGGCAAGACGGUGGCUCUUGUUGGUGAAAGUGGGAGUGGGAAAUCCACAGUGAUUGCCUUGUUGCAGAGAUUUUAUAAUCCUGAUUCAGGUGAAAUCACUCUUGAUGGGAUAGAAAUCCGAGAGUUACAACUCAAGUGGUUAAGGCAACAGAUGGGGCUUGUGAGCCAAGAGCCAGUGUUAUUCAAUAACACUAUCCGUGCCAACAUUGCCUAUGGAAAAGGAGGCAAUGCAACUGAAGCAGAAAUCACGUCUGCAUCAGAACUUGCCAAUGCACACAGGUUUAUCAGUGGGUUACAACAGGGUUAUGAUACCAUAGUGGGAGAAAGGGGGACCCAAUUAUCUGGUGGGCAGAAGCAAAGGGUUGCUAUUGCACGUGCCAUCAUCAAAAGUCCAAAGAUAUUGCUCCUAGAUGAGGCCACAAGUGCAUUAGAUGCAGAAUCAGAAAGAGUUGUUCAAGAUGCAUUGGACAAAGUCAUGGUUAAUAGGACCACAGUGGUGGUGGCACAUCGUUUGUCCACAAUAAAAAAUGCAGAUGUGAUUGCUGUUGUCAAGAAUGGGGUUAUAGUGGAGAAAGGAAGGCAUGAAACGCUCAUUAAUGUCAAGGAUGGGUUUUAUGCUUCCUUGGUUCAACUCCAUACAAGUGCUUCAACUGUAUAAGUUUUCACACCUUCCUCCUAUAUAUCCCUCUUUUUUAUAUUCUUUGUUUUUUUUUUACUACUAAAUUUUGAGAAGCUCAAUUGAAGGUUAAUAUAUACCUGAUAAUUUUUUUCCAUUUCAUGUAAGAUAAUAGAUAUCAAGUUAUCAUGAAUGACUCUUAAACGGAUAACUCAAAAUACUGAAAUACAUGUAGACUCAAUUGCCUCCAA